AUGCAAAGAUUGAUUGAUGAUUUAAACAUGGUGACAGAAAAGAUCAAACUAGGCGGUGGAGAAGCUGCUCGCAAAAGACAUCUGUCUCGUAAAAAAAUGCUUCCUCGGGACAGAAUCAAUCGCUUAUUGGAUCCAAACUCCCCUUUUCUUGAGUUAUCCACUUUAGCAGGCUAUCAAUUAUAUGAAGAUGAGGUACCUGCCGGCGGUAUCAUCACUGGUAUUGGACGUGUUAAUGGCGUUGAAUGUAUGAUUGUUGCAAAUGAUCCAACGGUUAAAGGAGGUUCUUAUUAUCCUAUCACAGUAAAGAAGCAUCUUCGAGCACAAGAAAUUGCCAAAGACAACCAUUUACCUUGUAUCUAUCUUGUUGAUUCGGGUGGAGCCAACUUACCUCGGCAGGCCGAUGUCUUCCCUGACAGAGAACACUUUGGCCGUAUCUUUUAUAACCAAGCCAAUAUGUCCUCUCAAGGAAUACCUCAAAUUGCAGCCGUUUUAGGCUCUUGUACAGCAGGUGGCGCCUAUGUUCCGGCUAUGGCUGAUGAAAGUAUCAUCGUCAAAAAUCAAGGCACCAUCUUCUUGGCCGGUCCACCUCUUGUAAAAGCAGCUAUUGGCGAAGUCAUUAGUCCUGAAAACCUGGGCGGCGCUGACCUACAUUGUCGUACGUCGGGUGUCACGGAUCACUAUGCUAUGGACGAUGAGCAUGCUCUUGUGCUGGCACGUCGAGUGGUUGGUACUUUGAACAGAGUGAAGCGCGGUGUAGACACUAUGGACAUAAGGAUGCCCAAAGAACCACUUUAUUCACCUGAAGAAAUCGGUGGCAUCGUAGGAGACAAUUUGAAGAAGCCUUUUGAUAGUAAACAUGUGAUUGCACGUAUCGUGGAUGGUAGUCAAUUUGCAGAGUUCAAAGAGAAUUACGGCACGACCCUCGUUACCGGCUUUGCUCGUAUACAUGGCUAUCCCGUAGGCAUCGUCGCCAACAACGGUAUUCUGUUUUCUGAAUCUGCACUGAAAGGUGCGCAUUUCAUUCAAUUAUGUUCACAAAGAGGCAUUCCCUUGGUCUUUCUCCAAAAUAUCACAGGCUUCAUGGUAGGCUCUUCAGCCGAAGCAGGUGGUAUUGCUAAAAAUGGCGCCAAAUUGGUGAAUGCAGUGGCAUGUGCCAAGGUGCCGAAAUUCACCGUGAUUACAGGUGGUAGUUUUGGUGCUGGUAAUUACGGUAUGUGUGGUCGUGCUUAUUCUCCUCGGUUCUUAUGGAUGUGGCCUAAUGCUCGUAUCUCCGUCAUGGGUGGUGAGCAAAGUGCGAAUGUCUUGGCUCAAAUUACACGCGAUAGCAAAGAGAAGAAAGGUGAAACUUGGUCUGAGGAAGACCAAGAGAAGUUUAUGGCACCGAUUCGAGAGAAAUACGAAAGAGAAGGUCAUCCUUAUUUCUCCAGCGCUCGUUUAUGGGAUGAUGGUGUCAUAAACCCUAAAGAUACACGUACAGUAUUAGGACUGGGUCUCAGUGCUGCCCUGAACGCUCCCAUUGAGAGAACACAUAAUAAUUUUGGCGUGUUUAGAAUGUAG